AACGUCGCAGCGCUUCAGGCUCACUGAAGGCCCCCCCCCCCGGUGCUCUAGCGGCAGCGUGGAAGCUUUCGUCCCCCCCCUAAGCAGCCCCCCAAAGCAGCUGCGCGCGCCUGCGAUUGGCCCAUCGCCUGGGCCUACUCGGAUGAUACGGCCGGAAGGGCCCGCAAGGCUCGCAGAUGCCAGAUGCUGAGAUGCCGAUUUUCCGUGGUCAACCAAACGCCUCUCCAGGGAGGCUUUCCAAGGCGGGGAACCACAAAAAAAACGACUCGAGCAGAGACGAUCAAAUGGCCCAUUGCCGUGCGCGCGCCCAGGCCAGCAAUCGCUGCGUUCGUCCAGUCUGGCGUUUGUCGCCGCCGCAUGUCCUUUUUAUCCCGCCGGGGGUCCGCCGCCCGUCAUUUUCGAGUGUCUCAGUCCCGUCGUGCCGCAGCCAGUCUCUCCUCUCUCGCUCGCCCGUCCUUGUCUCGCUCUGCGUUGCUGCUGGAAAACGUUGCAGCGCAGCUUCUUCGUCGGACGUGUUAGCGCUCUCUAUUUCUGCGUUCCGGUCGCCGUGCGAGCUGCUGCCCUUUUUGGCCACCUCCAACACUUGGCCUCGCCUCCCGCGAUACGAGCAGAAGCGAGCGUCUUCACCUCCGCUGCAUCGACCGAUCUGAACCGAGCGAAAAUCAACAAAGACGAAAAAAAGAAGAGAAGAGAUAGCCGGGGAUAUAUAUUCGAGGACGCGCGCAUAUACAGAGGCGAGGAAGCAAGCGAAACCGGGGGCAGACGAAAUCCAGGACCCGAGCGUGCAUACAAGGACACCACGAGGCCAUGAUGAUGGCUUGAAGCUGCCACCGUGUUGAGGACAGCACAACCACCGCCGCAGAACCGCAUCCCCGUCGCAAACGCCCGC